AUGUCUACAGAAGGAAAUCAAAAAUCCAAAAUUUUAAAUCAUGGUAUAUUAAUUGGUAAACAUGGAUUACGAAUUGCUGAUGAACCAGUAUAUGAAUUUGAAAACCAACCUAGGUUUUCGGAAUAUCCAGAUAUAAAAUCUCAAAUAAAGCUAGUAUUCUCUACAAAGCGUGAAAAAGCAUUUCUAAACAUAAAGCCUUUAGAGAAACUAAAUAAUGCAAUAAUAAAUGCACUGAAUCAUCACAAUCCUUAUCAUGAGUUGUUGAAAGUAUUUAAAACUUAUGGCCAUUUUUUACCAAAAAGUAUCAUGUUGGGACAUGAAUUAUAUAGAACAUGUUAUUUAAAUAUGAAGGAGGGCUUACAAGAACGCAAUGAAGUUUUGGAAGAUUUUGACCUUACAACUUAUAAUCAUAUCCUGAAUCAAUGGGAAAAUUAUAUAAAACUACAUGAUGAAGAUGAUAUUGAUACAUCUUUUUUAAUAUCAGUCAAUAACGAUAAGGUUAAAAGAGAUCAACUUGAAAAAUGGAUAGAUUCUUGCCUAAAAACCAAAAUCAACUCAUGGAAAGUUAUAAAUUGGAAGGGACUCUAUCCACUAUAUAAAAUAUUAGAUGAAAGACUUCAAAAAGAUAUUAAACAGAUUCUUGAGGUUGGUGAAACAAAAGGAAAAGAAAGAGUACUUAUGACUGGAGUAAUUCCAAUUAAAGAUUUCAGCUGUUAUCAUCGUGUAAAAUUUUCUGUUGAUUUGGAUUUUAAUGAUUAUAAAAUUUUUGGAAAACUUGUGACGAAAAAUGGUGAACAAAUUGAUACAGUUAUCAAGUUUCAAUCUAUGAGUAUAUCUGGAUUUUCAGUUAUAAUCGACAAUUUCGAUACAAAUAAAAUAUUUACGGAUUCACAAAUAACUUGGGUAAUGAUUGGAAUGCCUUCUGAAAUUGGAUUUUUUAGCAUAAACACGCGAAAUCUUUCUGUAUUAGCUUCAGGUAGCCACACAUUCAAGUAUAAUGAGGAUUAUAAAUAUGCAUUGUCUGUUCCGAAAGAAUUUCCAGAAACCUCUAUUAUUUGUGUGACCAUCUUUCACCCCUCAUCACAUUAUGAAAUGAAAUGUACUAUUCAGGAUAGCAAUAAAAAUGGAAAUGAAAUUAAUAUAAUAAUCAAUGAAGAUAAAGUAGAGUAUUUUAACAGCGAUGAAAAGAUCAGCAGUAAUGGUGAUGAAGAAAUCAGUAGUGAUGAAGACAAUGAUGACAAAAUACCUGAAGACGAUCUCUUCAGUGGUGUUUUCUUUCUGGAAACCAAAGAAUUAUAA